AUGGUUGAUACUGCAAAUAUUCAAGAAAAUGCAGCAGAAGAAUCAGAUGAAGCACUCUCGCUUUGUGAUUUUCCUAUAAACACAGAUGAAAAUGAUCAGAUCAUCAAAGACUUAUGCAAGAAUCGUGAUAUACAAACAUCAUCGUCCAAUAUAUUUGAAUUUUUCAGCGAUAUAAGUUCUGAAAUGUCCCAUGCAGAAGAAAUUAUUUUCUGUGGUGAACUUUUGCCCUUCAAACUCCAACCUGUUCCUGUUCUUGAUGAUGUUCAGGAGCAUCUCCUUCAAGAUGAUCAGAAAUCAGAAGAGAUUCAUCCACGACAAUUUCAAUCAUGGGAUGAGUUAAAGAUCAUGAGAUCAAAAGGUACAAACACGGGGCUAUUGCGAAGCAGCAGAUCUUUAGGGUUUAGGCCCUUUAGGGCUUUGAAGCCAAGGUGGUAUGUUUUCAUGUUUGGGAUUGUUAAAUUUCCACCGGAGAUGGAUCUUCAAGAUAUAAAGAACCGGCAGUUUCGUUGCAAUACCCGUAGUAUUUUUCCUUGGAUUGAUGCCGAAGGGAAGGCUCCG